AUGCCAACCACCACCGCCAACAUGGCGGAACAGAACCCCAUGAUGACGCUCCAGGCGGAUCUCUCCCGCUUCCGCAAGGCAACCCUCAACUCGGCCGUCAAGGACGCAGACAAGCUACUCGAUCUGCUCCUGCAGGCAAGGGAGCAAGUUGCCAAUGCAUCCGAUCCGCACCGCGCAAGCUUGACCAUGACCAAGCUCCAGAAUCCCGUAAACGCCAGCUUCGACGCGAUAAACAACGACUUGAAGGAGGUUUCCAAGGCGCAGAAAGUCUAUGGAAAGGCCCUCGAGAAGUCCUUCCCUACACGACCCCUUCCAACAGACUACGAUGCGAUGGCCUCAUAUCCCUCAUUAAUCAACCGCGCCGUCGCCAUGCACAUGCUGCGCGAGGGCCAGUUCAGCGUCGCCUCGACCUUCCUCCGCGAAGCCCACGAGCGCCCUCCCCCGCGCGCCGCCUCCCCGAACAACCCCUCCUCCCCGCCCCUCCCCGACGCCGGCAUCUCCCUCCAGUCCCAGGAGCUGCAGGAGAAGUUCGCCAGCAUGUACAACAUCCUCAACCACCUCAAGAACCGCAACCUCGUCCCCGCCAUCGAGUGGGCCCAGGAGAAGUCCCACGACCUCGAGGCCCGCGGCUCCAACCUCGAAUUCGAGCUCUCCAAGCUCCAGUUCGUCUGGCUCUUCAAGGGCCCCGAGGUCAACGGCCUCCCCGCCGACCCCCCCGGCUCCAACGGCCGCGCCGGCGCCAUGUCCUACGCCCAGGCCAACUUCGGCCGCUUCCAGGCCCGCCACCUCAAGGAGAUCCAGCAGCUCUCGUGCGCCAUGGUCUACGCCUCCAACAUCGCGACCUCCCCCUACGCCAACAUCUUCGACACCACUGCCGCCUUCGACGACGUCGCCCUCUCCUUCACCCGCGAGUUCUGCUCCCUCCUCGGCCUCUCCGCCGAGUCCCCGCUCUACGUCGCCGCCACCGCCGGCGCCAUCGCCCUCCCCCAGCUCAUGAAGUACACCUCCUACAUGAAGGCCAAGCGCACCGAGUGGACCACCGAGAACGAGCUCGCCUUCGAGACCCCGCUGCCGCGCAGCAUGAUCUACCACCCCAUCUUCGUCUGCCCCGUCAGCAAGGAGCAGACCACCGAGCAGAACCCGCCCAUGAUGCUGCCGUGCGGCCACGUCAUCUGCAAGGAGUCGCUGCAGCGCCUCACCAAGGGCUCGCGCUUCAAGUGCCCGUACUGUCCCAACGAGGGCCACAUUAAGGAUGCCCGGGAGAUCAAGCUCUAG